CGAUAAGUCCAGCGCCGCUCUUAUUUCAUAAGCUAAGGAGCCCGAAGGGAAUUAUGUAGAUCGUUAAUAAUUACUAUCUCCUGAUUCCGAUGCGGAUUCCGCUCCAAUUAGUAAUAGGGAUUUUUUCACUUCGAUCUAGGUCUUGUUACUUUUAUACCAUCGGAAUUCGCAAUAUGUCGCAAUAAUACGGUUAAUUCUACUUCCGAAUUACUUCAUUUAAGGGGCCAGCGUUGGUUUUUACCUGUCGUCUGAAAUUUUCGUCAGUCUUCAUCAUUUUCUUCAUUCAGGGAUCAGAGUCGCAUACCCCUACCGUGGCAUAGAUAUCUGGAGGUUAGAUGGCAGAAGACAGGGUCGAGACAGCUGCCGAUGGCUCCCCAAAGACAAACCAUGGUGGGAGACCCGUAUGUUUCAAGACUACGUUUCAUGAAGUCAUGUUCGUAGUGAUUGCGACCAUGGCCAUCGCCAUGAGUUCAAUGUUGACUGGAUCGGUCACCGUCGUCUCCGCGGAGGUUGGGAAGUCGUUGGCCAUGAAGGAUGCGGAGAUCACCUGGCUUGCAGCUGGACCAAACUUAACGUCUGGGUCAUUUCUACUCUUCUUCGGUCGAGUGGCAGACUUGUUCGGUCGUAAGUCGAUGAUUAUCGGGAGCUUUGCACUGUUCACGGUCUUCGCUAUAGCGGCUGGUUUUGCUCGUACUCCAUUAGCAUUAGAUACCCUAUGUGGAGUAAUGGGCUUUGUGGGAGCUGUGUCGAUCCCACCGGCACAGGGGAUGCUCGCCCUGGCCUACGGAAAGCCAUCCAAACGAAAGAACCUCGCAUUCGCCUGCUUCAGCGCCGGAAACCCUCUUGGAUUUGUAUUGUCCAUGAUCUUUUCCGGGAUCGCGGCGCAAAUAUUCAACUGGAGGGCUUCGUUCUUUCUCCUUGCGAUCAUCUAUGCGCUCCUGACCGUGGCCUGCUUCUUCGUCACGCCAAAUGACGACACUCCGAAGGCUCCCCUGUCGUGGGAGACAUUUAAACGCAUGGAUAUUGUUGGAUCGCUUCUGACUGUCUCUGGAAUUGCCUUGUUCACAAGCGCCUUGAGUAUAGCAGGUGACGCUCCUCAGGGGUGGACCACACCAUAUGUGCUCGCUCUUCUGAUAGUCGGUGCUGUACUGAUGGGUGUGUUUGUUAUAUGGGAGCUCUACUACCCAUAUCCGCUGGUUCCCAUGGACAUCUGGAAGGACCGCGAUUUUAGUCUCGUUAUCACGAUCCUACUUCUCGGUUUCCUCGCCUUCCCCACCACCCAAUUCUGGCUGUCGUUGUUCAUGCAGCGUGUCUGGGAAUCCUCGCCCCUUGACGUAGCUGUGCAUUUGCUGCCCAUGGCUAUUGCUGGUAUCCUAGUCAACGUUUUCGCGGGGAUGGUCUUGCACAAGAUUUCGAAUAAGGUCUUGAUGGGAUACGGGGCAUUGUCAUACGUUGCAGCGUUCCUCCUAUACUCGUUUUACAAACAGGGCCAGUCGUACUGGGCGUUCAUGUUUCCAGGACAGGUGCUUGCGGUCAUUGGCGCAGAUCUCGAGUUCAAUGUGGCAAAUAUGUACGUCAUGUCCUCCCUCGCACCCUCUCAACAGUCGGUCGCUGGUGGCAUUUUCCAAACCGUCACAAAGCUUGCUGUUGCAGUCGGUAUGGGAGUCUCCACCGCAGCCUACAAUGCACAGCAGCAACAUCCGUCAGAGUCAGGAUACUACGCCAACAAUCCCUUUGAACCAUAUGCAGCUGCGUUUUGGUACUGCACAGCAUGUGCGGCGCUGAGUCUCAUUUUCGUUCCGUUCCUCCGGAUCGGCACCCAAGGCAAUGCAGAAAAAUCAUUGGACGCUUCCACGGUUAACGACGAGUUCAAACGGGACAAUGUCGCGACACCAGGCAAUCAAGAGGAUAUUGAAGUGACAACUCCAAUUGACACAGAAAAGCCGAUUAUCGAAAAACAAGAUUUAGCCUCUUUGAAUGAAAAAUGCCUCUAGGAUUGUUCUGAUGCAGCUACUAUA